AUGUUCGAGAUAUUCAAUGUCAAAAUGUGCCCAACACUUAUGGAACACCCUGUUUAUUCAUUUCGACCCUCGCCGGUGUCUCAUAAUUGUAUUGUUACACUAAAAAUAACCUGUGGUACUUCUAACCAAAACCUAUUGAAACCAUUCAUUUUUUCUUUCUUCAUUAAACAUAUUGGGACCAUUUGUUUUUCUUUCUUUCUUUCUUUCUUUCUUUCUUUCUUUCUUUCUUUCUUUCUUUCUUUCUGUCUGUCUGUCAGUCUCUCCGAUAGGGAUCAUUUUCUCUUUACUUUCUUUAACAUAUUGGAAACAUUUGCUUUUCUUCUUUCUUUAUUUCUAUUUUCUUUCUUUUUUUACUUUCUUUCUUAUAUAUUUGUUUUACUUUUCAUACUUUUUUUAACCUCGUGGAACCAUUUUUUCUUUCUUUCCAUCUUUAACCUAUUUAAACAAUUUGUGUUCUUUCUUUCUUUCUUUUUUAAACCUAUUGGAACUAUUUGCUUCUCUUUCUUUAACCUAUUGGAAACAUUUCUUAUUGAGACCAUUGGUUUUUCGUUUUUUUCCUUCUUUCUUUCUCUAACAUAUUGGGCAAACAUAUUUUCUUUGUUUCGUUCUUGGGGCCAUUUGUUUGUCUUUCUUGCUUUCUUUCCUUCUUUCUUAAACCAAUUGGAACCAUUUUUUCAUUUUAUUCCUUUCUUUCUUUCUUUAAUCUAUUUGAUACAUGACUUUUACAUUUUAUUCUUAAACCUAUUGGAAACAUUUUUCAUUCGUUCUUUCCUUCUUUCUUUCUUUAACCUAUGGCAACAUUUUGCUUUUGUUUGUUUUCUUUCUUGUUUCUCUUCCUUUUUCUUUCUUUCUUUCUUUCCUUCUUUCUUUCUUUCUUUCUUUCUUCUCUUGGAACAAUUUGAUUUCAUUCAAUCUUUAUUUCUAAAAACUAUUAGAAGCAUUUUUCCUUCUUUCUUUUUUUUCGGCAUAUUGGAACCAUUUACUUAUUGGAAACUUUGUUUUCCUCUCCUCUUACUUCUUUCUUUCUUUCUUUCUUUCGCCUAUUGGAUCCAUUUUUUCUUUCGUUUUCUAACACUUAUAGAAUCCCUUUUCUUUCUUUUUUCUUUCUUUUUUUCUUUCUUACUUUCUUUCUUUCUUUCAACUAUUGUUAUCAUUUGUUUUUUCUUUCUUUGCUUUUUUUAUAUAACACUUGGGUCUUUUGCUUUCUUUAACCUUUCUUUUCACGUAAUAUUUUUCCUCCUUUUCUGCGGAUGA